AUAACUAGAUUUCAUGGAAAUCUGUAUUUCAGAGUAAAAUUUGUGUUAGUUUGAAAGUUAAGACAGAUAAUUUGAAUUGUAAAUUUCAUAAAUGGGUGAUAUAUCGGUCAAUGGACUUGGGAACGAUUUGCCUAAGGGUGAAACAGAUGAAAAAUACCAUGUUGAAAUAUGUCUCAAACCAACCAGCUUAGCUGAAAGCCAUGCAGUAAAAGAACAUGUGUUAGCACUAUUGAAACGACACAGAGUAGCAUAUGGGGACCUUACCCUGACAGCAUUUGAUGAUGCCUUUUUACAGGAGAAUGUGAAAUCUGUUUCACUUUGUGACACAGAAAAUGGUCCAGAGAAAAAGCAAAUAUGCCUAUUAUCUAAUAACUUGGUGUUACACGUAUUUCGCCUCAAUGAAGAUGGACCAGGCACAGAGGAGCUGGAUGAUGAGGAGGACUUAGCAGCCGCUCAUCACUGGUUGCUUCCUGCCUCCGAUUUCAGUGGAUUGUGGGAUAGUUUAGUUUAUGAUGAGGAUAUCAAAAGAGGGCUGUUGAAUUAUGCAUCCACAACAUUAUUGUUUUCCGAUAAAGCAGUGGACAACAAUGUCAUAUCUUGGAACAAAGUUAUCCUCCUUCAUGGACCUCCAGGGACUGGGAAGACCUCCCUGUGUAAAGCCCUAGCCCAGAAACUGGUCAUACGAAUGUCUGACCGGUACUCCUAUGGUCAGCUGAUUGAAAUUAACAGCCACAGCCUAUUCUCAAAGUGGUUCUCAGAGAGUGGCAAACUAGUAAUGAAAAUGUUUCAGAAAAUUCAGGAACUGAUAGAUGAUCAGGAUGCUUUAGUUUUUGUAUUGAUAGAUGAGGUGGAGAGUUUGACAGCUGCCAGGAAAAGCACCAUGUCUGGGAGUGAACCAUCUGAUGCUAUCAGAGUGGUGAAUGCUCUGCUCACCCAGCUAGAUCAAAUUAAAAGAUUCCCUAAUGUGAUGAUACUGACUACCUCUAAUGUGACCGGCGCUAUCGACCUGGCCUUUGUGGACAGGGCAGAUAUUAAGCAGUAUAUUGGACCUCCAUCUCCUGCGGCCAUAUUCAAGAUCUACCACUCCUGUAUCACAGAACUCAUGAGGGUUGGAAUCAUCUCCCCUGCUCAGCAGUUGUUUGAUUUACGGACAUUGGAGGUCAUGAAAUUCAUUGAAAAAAAUGUCACAAAGCUUAGUUUGCAACUGAGAGAUUUAGCAAUACAGAGUCAGGGAUUAAGUGGAAGGACUUUAAGGAAGCUCCCAUUUAUUGCACAUGCUCUCUUUGUUCAGAGUUCCAGUGUAUCUCUUGAGGAAUUUCUCGAAGGUUUGAGGAAAGCUGUGGAAAGACAGUUCAGAGAGAGGAAUGACUUGUCGAAGGAUUAAAAAACAGUCCUUAAGGAAGAUAAAGAAAAUCACCUAAUCAGACUCAGUGUCAUUCCUAAUUCUGUGAUAAACCUUGUGAUUUAUCAUUAUUUAUGUCAGUGCUACAGUUUUUCCUCGUGAUAGAGCAUUAUUAUAAAUGCCCUGUCAGUGAAAACAGGAGGAUUCUGGGUUUCUCCGUCAAUCUGUCUGUCAGACUUUGUGUAUGCUACUUGUUUUCAGGAAUUUUUUUGUUAAUCUUUGAUGUUUGGUACACUUUUGUAUAUAGAAGAUUGUCAGAUCAAAUUUUGGUUCAGCUAAUUUUGGACUUUGACCAUUACCUUGGAGUUAUGAACAUUAACUGAAAAUCUGUGAAAUUUGCUUUACACAUUAAAGCCCCAAAAAUGUGUACAUAUAUCUCUUGGUAUCGUAUCAUUUGUCUAUCAAAUGAGAAACAAUAGGUCUUGAUUUUAUUGAUUGGUCUGCCUCCUGUGUUAUAAGAAAAAGAGAAAACUUUUAGAAUUUACAUAAAAACUGGUACAUUGCUAUUUGCUGAUUGUCUGUGUGUUGUGGACUUCUAUUUCUGUCUAAAUUAUAGUCCAAUAUUACUAAGGGCCACUGAAAUCUUUGCUUCAGGAGUCUUAAAAUUUUGAUGCAUUUCAUUGAAAUUCUGAAAUCAGUUCCUUACCAAUAAUAUUGAUAAAAAAAUGUUCAUAAUAUUCUGUAGAUUUUGACAGUUACAUGUGCAUGUAUUAUGAUCUUCAAUUGAAAUUUUCAGCAUUUUGGGGUGCUAUUAAUUUAAUGUUAAUUAUAUCUUACAACUGUGCUGUCAAACUGUUCUAGCACAUUCUGAAUUCUCUGUCAUAGGAUCAUGUAUCAGCUUCAGUGAAUGCAUUGUCAAGAUUUUUUUAUGGUUAGUAGCUCAAGGGAUGUGUAUUGCUUUAGCAAUAUGCUUGUUAUACUAAUAAAAAAGAAUUUCUGAA